AUGGAUGUCAAAUAUAUUGGAGGUGAUGUUCCAUGGACGCUUCCGUUUGGUGAUCAUUUUUAUUCAUCAAGUCAAGCAUCAUUUACUGAUUCACACAAAUCUAAUUUAACUUCUGCAAGUGAUUUAGAAAUAAUUGCUCGUCGACAUAGUUUUGAACCAUUAUAUUCAUCUAAUGAAAAACAAUUACAAAUAAAAUCUCCAUUUUCUAAUUCUAAUACACAAUGGAUGAAUACAGGUGUUCUAUUUACUGAUAAAUCAAUAGAACCAAAUGUUACUGGAAUUCAUAAAACAGAUUUUUAUGAUGAUCAUGGACAUACAUUUUGUUAUUUAUGUUCAAUUAAUCAACAUCAUCAUGAACGAACUAAACCUCGUGAUCAAUCACACCGACGAAAAUUAAUUCCAUAUAAUAAUCCAAAAGCUCUUAAAACUCGAUCAGCAUCAUUAGAUCGAACCGUUCAAAGUGCAUCAACAUCUGAUUUAAUACCUUAUCGAUUCAUUGUUCGAACUGGUACAAGAAAAAAUAGUGGUACACGAGCUCAAGUAUUUUUAUAUAUGCAUGGAACAGAAAAAAAUUGGACAUCAGUUAAUUUACAUGCACGUACAAAUCAAAAUACUGAUGGUUUUCCAAGUGGAUCAGUACGAACAUUUUGUCUCAAAGGACCUGAUAUUGGUCAAUUACGUGAUUUAAAUGUUAAUCUUGUCGGUGCUCGUUCAGAUAAAGAAUGGUUUCUAAAAGAAAUUGAAAUAACAAAUUUAAAUACAUCUGUUACAUGGUUAUGUGAAUUUAAUUGUUGGUUACCAAAAACAGCAGAAAAUGAUGAAAUAAAACCAACUGUUAGAAAACAAAGAGAUUCAUCAAAGGAUUAUCGUGUUAGACCACAACCAGAAUUAUCAUUUAAUAAUUUAUCAGUAUAUAUUUUACAAAUUCUCACUGGUGGAAAAGCAUUUGCUGGUACUGAUUCAAAUAUUCAAGUUAUUAUUCGUGGUUCAGCGAGUCAAACACGACAAUUAGCAUUAACAAGUAGUGGAGCAAAUUUAUUUGAACAAAAUCAAUUAGAUACAUUUGCAAUUGUUGGUUGGGAUAUUGGUGAUUUAUCAGAGAUAACUGUUGAAUCUGACCAAUCGCAAUUAGCAUCUGAUUGGGAUCUUAAAGAUAUGAUAAUGUGGAAAAUACUACCGAAUGAUGAUGAUAAACAAUUACAAGUUUAUUUUCCAUUUAAUGCUUGGCUUGGAAAAACAUCAAGUAAAUUAAAAGCAAAAAAAGAGAUAUAUCCAACAACUGAUCAUCGUCAAAAUGGACCUACAUGUUAUCACAUAACAGUUAGAACUGGCAAAGGAAUGACGGCUGGUACGGAUGCAAAUGUAUUUAUAAUUAUCUAUGGAAAAAGUGGUCGAACUGCUGUACAUCGAUUAGAUAAUUCAUUAAAAAAUGAUUUUGAACGUGAUACAACAUCAGAAUUUACUGUAAGGAAAUAA